CGUGUUUCAAAGACCGGCACAUGCUCUCGAGGCAUCUCGAUGACAGGGGAGACCAAGCGCCAAACGUUCGAUGAAGUUCGGAGAACACUGUGGUGGAUUAUGCGGGACAUGACCCGCCUCGGUCACAUCACUAGAUGCUAAACGUCUGGGAUGUUUCUCACACGGUACCCAGGUAAAUCACAAACCAUUCAGGUUGCCACGACUGUCCGUAGCCAAUCGCUACUCACUCGCAAGAUAACAAAGUUCUUGACCCAUACCAUACAUCCGAUCCCUCACCAUACAUGCAACGCGUCCACCCGGGAUGCUUGCUACCGGGACUAUCAUGUACAAAACCAUGCGUUCAUAAUGCCACGGCUACCUCUACCUGCACUUCGGACCCUUUACCGUCGUGCUGCUUCUCUCGAUCGUCGAUUCUCUGCCAGUGUCUGGUUGGCCCUUUUUUCCAUCUCGGACCUUACUCCUCUACUCCAAUGUUUAUUCUCUUCUAGACGAUGGAAAGCGGAAAGCUUCAGGAGCUGGUGCUCCUUGGUUCGAUUACGUUCUACCUUAUAAUUACCCUUCUCAUUCUCAGCUACAUCACAGUCGGUCUACGGUUUUGGGUGCGAUAUCGCAUCACGAGAUCUCCAGGAUGGGAUGACGCCGCGAUGGCAGCGACACUUAUGCUGUUUACCUGCUAUUGUGCAUUCAUACUCGCAAUCACCUUUCGCAGUUCUGACCGAAACCUCUUCAGCGAAGAGGCCAUUCACGUAACUUUAAUUUUUAUUCAACUAUCUGAAGUCUUCUACAUCCUCACUACGACAUUCCUCAAAGUCUCGCUGGGACUUUUCUUCCUUAGGGUUCUUACCAAGAAAUGGCAAAAGCUCAUAUUUCAUGUCAUCCUCGCCAUCAGUGCAACGUAUGGCCUCUACUACGUCUUCAUCGCUCUUUUUCAGUGCGGCGACCCAACACGCCUCGCCGACAGUCUGCUAUCACCGUCUUCCCCUAACUGCCUACCUUCUGCUCUUCUUCUUACCUCGGGCUACCUCUACGGCGUCAUCAAUGUCAUCGCUGAUUGGACAUUUGUCCUGAUCCCUAUCACCGUUCUACUGGACAGCGACCUCGACCGAAGAAGCAAGAUCAGCGUUAGUAUCGUCAUGGCGCUAGGUGCAGUAGGUAGCGUGAGCUCGAUCUUCCGGAUGGUCUACUUGAAGGGACUGGGCUUACAUGCAGGCGGUCUACGAGCUGAAUCAGUAAAAGCAACAAUCUGGGCAACUGCUGAACCAGGCACUGGCAUCAUCGCAGCCUCAAUCGCUAUUCUUCGCCCUCUUUUCCGCCAGAUAGCUUCUGACGUCCGAUCAAAAGCGUCUCACUACUCACACUCACGCAAGGGGUCUCAACAGUCCGAUGAUACCAUCGCGCUGACGAGUCAGGAAUCUGCUGCUCAAGCGAUGAAGAACAAGAGACAUAGCAUGUACAGAGUGAGUGAGGAUCUCGUCGAUCCUUGGAGUCCGACCAUUGUUGCGACGGCGGAUGUGCAAAGAAUGGUUGUAGUGAAAGGGAGAAUGAGUCCUGUCCCAAUGGUGACAACGCAGGCGAGGGAGAUCGACAUAGUGUGAUGCACAUGUAUGUGC